AUGCUGAACCAAGUAGACUCUGCUUAUGACCUUCGAUCGGUACCAGACAAGCAGAUCGAUGCCCUUGAGAUCUUUUGUGCUUUCAUUUUCCGAGUCAAGGAACAACUUCCAAAAAGGUGGGGCCAAGAAUCCGAGUUUCUGUUUCUUGCUGUCAUUCAGACUCAUUUGUUGGUCUGUUCAUUUUGCCAUGGAGCUUUGGUCAAUGGAACGGUCAACAGGAUGUAG